AUGUUUCUUAUGGAUCAAGGCUAUGUUCGCGAAAGUGUGGACAAAAAUCUGUUCGUUCUUAGUCUUGACAAGGGCCUGAUGUUUGUGCAAAUCUAUGUCGAUGAAAUUGUCUUUAGAUCAACCUGCCAGCAACUCGUCAAUCAGUUUGUCCAGAAUAUGACUGAUGAGUUUGAAAUGAGUAUGUGUGGUGAACUAACUUAUUUCUUGGGCUUGCAGGUACAACAGUCAGCUGAUGGCAUCUCCAUGUCCCAAAGCACAUAUGCGAGGGGCUUGGUAACAAGAUUUGGCCUUACAACCAGUAAGGAGGCCAAGAUACUUAUGGGGGUGAAUGACAAGCUCUCAAAGGAUGAAGCAGGAGAAGAUGUAGAUGAGAAGCUGUAUCGAGGGAUGAUUGGUAGUUUUCUGUAUCUGACAUCAUGUCGUCCGGACAUUGGCUUAGCUAUUGGUGUAUGUGCCAGAUAUCAAGCCAGACCUAAGAAGUCACAUCUCCUGGCUGUGAAGAAGAUCAUCAAGUACAUCAAAGGCACAGUCGAACUUGAAGCACAAGCGGUGGAUGCUUCUUCAUGGGAAACAAUCUCAUAUCCUGGCACAGCAAGAAGCAAAACAGUGUAA